AUGAAUAAUGAUGAAAGCACGUCCUAAAAUAACAGCCAUGAUCUAAUCAUUAAAAAGUGGAGAGAUAAAGAAAAUUAGUCAUUCAAUCGCAAUUCUACAUUAUAUAGUUCUAUCAAUUCUGUUAUAGAAAAAUCCUAACCAUUUUAACAUCUUAAAUUAUCAAAUGGAUAGUAUUGGGGAUAGCUUAAAAUGAAUAAACCUAAUGGUAUUGGGUCAUGUCAUUUUAAUAAUGGAGGUUUCUAUUAUGGGGAAUGGAAAAAUAAUGCCAUUCAUGGAUUUGGAGUGUAUUUCUUUAAUGUUGGAGGUUAUAUUAGAGGUGAGUUUAAGGAAGGACUUGCUGAUGGUAAAUGUGAACUCUAGUAUUAAAAUGGAUAACUCUACUAAGGACAUUUCAAAUUAGGCAAAUAAUAAGGAGUCGGUAAUAAAAUUGGUAGAAGAGGAAAAGAAGUUGUCUAAUACAAAGACGGCAUACGAGUAUGUUUAUAUGAAGAACCUUAAUAAAUUGAGGAUAUUCAAAUGAUGUUGAAAGAUCAUUUACCAUAAAUUUAUAUUCAUAACGAUAGAGUUGUUUAUGGCUUACAAAUUGAUCUAACUGGUUUGGGAGUGAUUUAAUAUAAUAAUGGAAGAGUAGAUUUGGGAUGGUUUCAAAAUGGAUCACUCAAUGGAAAGGGAAAAAUCAUCUUUAAGAGCGGAGACAUCUAUGAUGGACUAUUAAAAAAUGGAUUCUUUUAAGGUUAAGGUUUUUAUUUAAAUUACAAUUCUAAAUAAUUGACGGAAGGUCAAUUCGAAAGGAAUCAAAUCUUAUCAAUUCAGAAAUAAGAUUAUCUGUAUCCUCCAUACUCCAAUGAAGAUAUCUAAAUCGUUGAUCAAAGGAUUCUGAUCAAAAACAUUCACUUAAAAACUAGAGUUAUGAUUGGAAACAAAUAAUAGAAUUCUUCUGAAAAAAAAUCACAUAAGGUGAAUAAAAUAUCAAAUGGCAUUUAACAUCUGAUUUAAUCUAUUAAGAAAACAUAGAAAAGUGAAAGUAGUUAACAUGAAGAAGUUUUGGACAAUCUUUUGGCAAGAGUUCAAUCACCACAAUAAAGAAAGAAUCUAGAAUAGAUAAUUAGUCAGGUUACAUCUCCAUAAAGGAUUAGAUGA